AUGGUUUACUCACUGUCCUACCGUCGCCCGGAGCGAGUCUCUCGCCCCGGUACUGCCUCUACUACCUCAGGCGAACACCAGCGAAAGUCAAUCGAGGAAUCAGUCAGGUCUGGCAGCAGCGGCAUGUCCAACGGUAUCCCCGAGGCCUUGUCCUUUGAUACCAUCAUCGCUGGCGGUGCUUGCCCUCCUUGCACUGUCCGCGACUUUAUGAACUUCCUCAAAUACAUUGAGCUGUCGGCAGAAAACCUGCAAUUUUUCCUUUGGUACCGCGACUACGUUAAGCGCUUCAAUGCGCUACCGGAAAGCGAGAAGGUUCUGUCACCCGAAUGGACUGGCGAAAAGACCUCGGACAUCAAGACAAGCCCAGUAGGCUUCAAUGCCGACGCUGCCGCCAUUCUUAGAGGAACCGACUUCGCCAACGAGGGCAAGGUCGCUGAAUCCGAGAAGGGCAGCAACAACCCCUUCUUCACUCCCCCUCGCACGCCUACCAGCGUCGAGCCUGGACGCGAGUACUCUCUUGACUCGUACGAUGAGAGCAUGACUACCGGCAAAGUUGACCACACUCAACGUGCUGCCGGUGCGUUUGAUAACGCAGGACUAAAGUGGAAACCACUUUCUGUCCAACCCUACCGAGAGGAGAUUAACCGUAUCAUCUCCAUCUACAUUGCCGACAAUGGAUCGCGCCAGCUGAACCUCUCAUCGAAGGAGCGUACAGCACUGCUGCAUGCUCUACAGAACACAACGCACCCGUCCGCAUUCAGUGAUGUUAUCACGACUGUGGAGUGGUCGCUCCGUUGCCAAGCGCACCCAAACUUUAUCCGCUGGACCAUUUGCAAUGGCAACCGUCCUCGUGUCAUCUUCGCUCGUGGUCUCGGUAUCUUCGGGAUCGUUGCUGGUCUGAUUGUGGCCAUUAUCCUUACUCUCAGCAGCGCUGGUCGUGCGUGGCGCGUCAUCUCCCUCAUCGGUUUCUUCAUUGGUAUCUCAACAUUGAUCGCAGCAUGGAAGGGUAUGUGUGUUGUCCUGCACGGCAUGCAUCACCGACAUCUGCGUCCAUGGGAGCUAUUCGCAUCCGAUGACGAGCCGCAAAGCUACGACUUCAAGUCCGACUCUUUCCAGAGCGUCGACUCACAUGCAUCGAGUAACUCCUGGGAAGACGAGCCAUGGGUCGCCCGGUACGAGAAGCGCAACGUUGUCCGCAAGGUCUUUGACCGCGAAGUCUGGGUCCAGGAACCUGCUCUCCGCCAAAUCCAGGAUACCAUCUUCAUUCAGGCUAUCAUCGGCGCUCUCAUCAUCUCCGCUGUAGCUGUCGGUAUCUUCUGUGCCAUUCCCAAGGGCAACUACUUCUAA